UCUGCCUGCCCUUUUUUUUUUUGUAUCACGGAAGGAAGUUUAAUUCCACGUGGUCGGCUCUUGAAUGGUUUGCUGGUCAUCAUGUUGCGCCGGGAAGCCCGUCAACGGCGGGAAUAUCUCUACCAUAAAGCCCAAGAGGAAAAGCUUCGGGCUGUCCAGGAGAAGAAGGAAAAAAUCAAGAAAGCACUAGAUGAGAACUGCCUGAUCCCCACAGAAUUGCGGAAAGAGGCUCUUGCACUCCAGAAGGCAAUUGAAUUUGAUGAUGAGGGUGCAGAAGGGGUGACAAGCCACAUGGAUGAUGAGUACCGCUGGGCUGGUGUGGAGGACCCUCGCAUCAUGGUCACCACCUCCCGGGACCCCAGCUCCCGUCUCAAGAUGUUUGCCAAAGAGAUCAAGCUGAUUUUCCCUGGGGCCCAGCGCAUGAACCGAGGCCGGCAUGAGGUGGGCGCCCUGGUGCGUGCCUGCAAAGCCAAUGGCAUCACCGACCUGCUGGUGGUGCAUGAACACAGAGGGACACCGGAUGGGCUCAUCAUCAGCCAUUUGCCCUUUGGCCCCACCGCCUACUUCACACUGUGCAGUGUGGUCAUGCGCCACGACAUCCCAGACAUCGGCACUGUGUCAGAGGCCCACCCUCACCUGAUCUUCCACAACUUCACCUCUCGUCUGGGACAGCGGGUCACCAGCAUCCUCAAAUACCUGUUUCCGGUGCCCAAAGAUGACAGCAAGCGAGUCAUCACCUUUGCCAACCAAGAGGACUACAUCUCUUUUCGGCACCACGUCUACAAGAAGACCGAUCACCGGAAUGUGGAGCUCACUGAGGUUGGGCCAAGGUUUGAGAUGAAAUUAUAUAUGAUCAGAUUGGGAACUUUGGAACAGGAGGCUACAGCUGAUGUGGAAUGGCGCUGGCACCCAUACACCCAUACGGCCAAGAAGCGGAAGUUCCUUAGCUCUGAGUAGCAUGGACUGCAGACUGCAUUUCUUUCUCUUGGGCCUCACCUCCAUCCCAUCAAGGAGGUGCCAUACAUCGGUUGCUUGUUGAGCUGUACACGGACUGGUUUCUUUGGGUGCAUCCAAUGGCGAUGUGUCCUCCCUUCCACCUUUCCUAGUACUGAAAACCCCGUAUAGUCAAAGGGCUUCCUUCUAUACCAAGCUUUUCUUACACGAUGGUCUUGUGGUUUUGUCCAAGGUGCUGGCAGCUGUCGAAGGUCUCCUGUCUUAUCGCUGUGCCUCCCUGGUUAGCUGGAGUUUAAGAUGGUGUCCUGGCCUGCCUUGCAGCUUGCUGCCUGUUUCCUGAGAAUGGAUAUUGAGGGCAGCAUCUGCUGCAAAGAGCACUUUGUUUUUAUAGUUCUUCAUAAGAAUGACCGAAGAAUGGAGGAUAUUAAGCCAGGCUUCCCCACCCUUGUGACUUUCAGGCAUAUUUGGACUGCAGCACCCAGAAAUCCCAGGUAAUGGCCCUACUGGAUAGGAAUUCUGGGAGUCGUAGUCCAAAUGCCACUGAAGGUCACCAGGUUGGGGAAGGCUGCAUUAAGCUUAUGAAGAAAUAGAUUGGAUAGAACAGACAGAAUUUUCUUUUUCCUCUCUCAAGGGACAUUUGAGCUGACGUGAGAGUGUUCCUGAAAAAUAUGUGAAAAUAGAUGAUCCCUAAAGUUAGGAUAACCAGAUGGCUCACUGGGAUCCUCUAAUCCUUCCUGCCUUUCCCUCUUUUACUUUGUUGGAUGCUUCACUUAGUUUACUAGGAAUAUAUUUCCUUGAGUGAGGAUCUGAGGAAUGAGGUGUCUGCCAGAAAGCAGGGGUUGAGGAAACCCAUGAAGGGAAGGAUGAUUUAAAAACAGAACAAUUUCCCUGCCAGCUGCCAAUAUAAAAUGCCUCCCUUCUAGGAGCCCAAGCCUAUUUGGAUGCAGUUAUGUGGAAUGGGGCCCUUUCUUCAAUACUGACCGUAGCUGAUUUUUGAUACAAUAAAUCAUGGGUCCUCAAACUACA